AUGUCUUACACCACCGACAACGCUGCUUCUUCCGCCUACCUUGCCAACUUCGAGGCCGCUCCUCAGGACGACGAGAAUGUCUCCACUGCCAUCACCGAGGUCGACUACGAGAAGAAAGGUACUCCUACAACCGACGCCAUCAUCCAGCAAACCAUGAUGCUCCGCCUUGCCACUCCCGAGCCUGCCGAAGACGACGACAUCGAAGAGAUCCCCGCUCGAGACUCUCCCCCUCUCACCCAUGCCCACGCGCGUCACCAUCACCACGGCCCUCGCGGUAUGCCUCCCCCUGGCUUCCCUCCUUCCCCCUUCGACGACAUGAUGCCCCCUCACCCCCCUCAUCUUCAUAUGCUCCCUCCUCCCAGCCACGGCUUCGAACACUCCAACAGAGUCAAGCCCCACGGCCGACCCGAGCACGGCAAGAGGGGCGAGCGCCCUUCUCACAGCUUUGGUCCGGGUGCUCGUCCUGAGCGCAAGCAUCGCCAUGAGCGUGCUUAUUCUCCUCCCCGCCUUGAGGAGAUCAAAGCUGGUUCUGGAUUUGAGGGGCGACACCACCCUCGAGGAUUCGGUCGUAUGGGGCAUGCCUCUCACGGUCCUCGUGGUCAUGGCCCCCGAUUCUGCAAGUCUAAAAAAGACGAGGAAGACGACGUCUCCGAGGCUGGGUCUGACUCCGACCUCUCCAUCGCUACUCUCAAGUACCACAAGCACCACUCCUUCCCUUGUCAAGCCCACCCUCUUGGUCAAGAACACGGCCGUGGUAUGCCCCAUCACAUGAGGGGUAUGUCUGGUCCUCCCCCUCCUCCCCGCAUGUCUUUCGACCAUCACAUGGAACACCAAGGCGGUAUGCCACCCCUCCUCCCUUCGGUCCCCAUGGCGAUAUGA